AUGAAGUACGUCCAGCUCGGAAACAGCGGCCUCCGCGUCUCCCAGAUCGUCGUGGGAUGCAUGAGCUACGGUAACCCCAAAGGGCGAUACGCCUGGGCGGUCCCUGAAGAGGAAGCUCUGCCUAUCCUGGAGCACUGCUACAACUCCGGUCUUAACUUCUACGACACAGCGAACAUGUACUCGAACGGCGAGUCCGAGGAGAUCCUGGGCAAAGCGAUCAAGAAGUACAACUGGCGGCGCGAAAACCUGGUCAUCGCGACGAAACUAUGGGCGCCCGUCGGUCAGGGAGAUGAACAACCACUCGCCAUGACGGAGGAGGAAAGAGAUGCGAACGGGUGGGUGAAUCGAUACGGUCUCAGCAGGAAACAUAUCUUUGACAGUAUCAACGAGAGUCUGCGACGGUUGGAUCUUGAGUACGUCGACCUACUCCAGAUCCACCGCUUUGAUCCGCAUACGCCGGUGAAAGAGACGAUGGAGGCGCUGCAUGAUGUUGUCAAGUCUGGAAAGGUCCGGUAUAUAGGGGCCUCGUCCAUGCGGGCACACCAGCUGCUGGAAUAUCAGUAUACAGCACGGAUGAAUGGGUGGACGGAGUUCAUCACGAUGCAGAACCUGCAUAAUGCAGUAUACCGAGAGGAAGAAAGGGAAAUGUUCCCAUCGUGCCAGAAGUUUGGAAUGGGGACUAUCCCAUGGAGUCCUGUGUCUAUGGGGUUUCUGACUCGGCCGUGGAAGACUUUUAGUGAUACGACGCGGGGGCAAGUCCAAGAUAUGAAGUUUCACGGUGUCCCAUAUACAGAAACCGAUAAGAGGAUCAACGAGAAGAUUGAGGAGAUUGCGAAGAAACGUGGAGUUUCAAUGGCCAUUAUUGCGCUCUCAUGGUCUCUGUCGAAGCCGUUCAUUACCGCGCCGAUCAUUGGAAUGAGCAAGAAGGAGAGGGUGGAUGAAGCUAUCCAGGCGACCAAUUUUCAGCUCAGCGAGGAUGAAGUAAAGAGUAUUGAUGAGCUGUAUGCACCGAAGCAGAUCAUCGGGCAUAAGUAA